AUGGCUGGCUCUUCCUCCCCGGCUGGAAAGCCUGAGAAGACCAUGUCGUCAACUCUAUUGACCAUGAAGUUCAUGCGACGCGCUGCAGCUGCCAAAGAAACUCAAAGCCCAUCCUCGGAUGCUAGCCCGCACAACUCCAAGCGCCCCCGUCUCUCCACCGAGGCUGAGAGCCCUCGCACCUCAGAUAUGGAUGCGAUCGCGGCUGCACUUGCUGCCGAAGAAGAAAAGCGGCAAAAUGCCGUCGCACGAGCAGCCGCAGAGGCCGGCGAGACACACUGGGUUUUGGACUUUCCUGCUACAUCCCAGUCCACUCAGCAGCCUAUGGUAUUGGCGGCAGAUUCGCUGGAUGCAGAUGACGAUACCCACUCCGGUGGUCGGCGUGCAUAUGGCAAUUUCAAGCGCAACAAGCGCAAGCCCGAGGACGAUGAAGAUGAAGACACCAUAGUCAACCCGUCGAAUCCAGAAGAGGUUGCCAAAAUGCAAGAAAAAUCUAGACUCAAGGCAGAAGCCAAAGCAGGAAAAACACGACAGACGAAACUGUCUGAACUCACUAGUAUAUCUGGCUCUGGCCGAGCGUCUUUGUUGGGAGCCCCCUCCUCUGACAAGAAAAAGAAGAAGCGCAAGAGCUACUAA